GAGUCUCUUUGUCUAGGUACCCGGAUGUAGAUGACUUUAUAUAAAAGUUGGUAGGCUGCGCGGGAGCUGUUCUACUUUCGAACAAGCUAAUUCAGAGAACAACGGAUUUGUGGAACUGUGUGAGAGGGUCAUUGUGUUAAAUCAUGGCUGGAGGUAAAGCUGGAAAGGACUCUGGAAAAUCAAAGGCAGCUUCUAUAACUCGAUCCUCCAGAGCAGGUUUGCAGUUCCCAGUAGGACGUAUCCAUCGACUUCUCAAAAACAGGACCACUAGCCAUGGUCGUGUGGGUGGUACAGCUGCAGUGUACACUGCUGCUAUCCUGGAAUAUCUUACAGCUGAGGUUCUCGAGUUGGCAGGAAAUGCUUCUAAAGAUCUUAAGGUGAAGCGUAUUUCCCCACGUCACUUGCAGCUUGCAAUCAGAGGUGAUGAAGAAUUGGAUUCCCUUAUUAAGGCUACAAUUGCAGGUGGAGGUGUCAUUCCACAUAUUCACAAGUCUCUGAUUGGAAAGAAGGGGCAGCAGAAGACUGUUUAGUUGAGGGGAGUAUUUGUUCCUGCAAUCUGCAUACAGAGCUUUCUCAUGGACUUACGUAGCCUACUUCUCAGAAGAGACUAGCUUGUUCAGGUUUUAAUGGUUUAAGGUUUGAACCACUUAGGCUACUGAAUUGGGAGCCCUAAUCAAUUUUAAGCUGCUUCUUUGGAUUCAAUGAAUUUUGAAGUGGUUCAUUUUGGUGGGUUGGUUUUACUAGUUUUUAACAUACUUGGAGGCAUUCUGUUUUGUACAUACUUUAACAGAUUGUUCCCUGUAACACUACUUGAUUUUUUUUUGUUCAAUAAACAAAAUGCAUUCCUUCUA